GUACAUCUGCACCAACAAAAUAUGCUCCCUGCAAAGACAUUACCAGCACAGCAAGGUGUGGGAGACACUGCCAUCAUUUUGAGUGUGAAAACUGCCCCAUCUCUCCUGCCUGGCUUUAACUGAUUUCCCACGAUGUUUGCAAAAGCAACAAAGAAUUUUGUGAGAGAAACUGACAGUGGAGGUGACCUGAUCCCUGUCUCCCACUUGAACGCCUCAGACAAGCUGCAGCUUUUGAGCUUAGUUACGAAGAGGAGGAAAUUCUGGUGCUGGCAGAAGCCCAAGUAUCAUUUCUUGACAGUCACCCUGAGUGAUGUGCUUACUGAGGACAAACCAAUAAAACCAGUGAUUGUGGAGUCUGACUUUGCAAAAUAUAUGGGGAAGUUUGAAGAUUUUGUUCAAGGAAGUAUUGAAACAUCAUUUGUGAAGUUCAGCCUGGGAGCUGGAGGGAAAGGUUAUGUGGAAAACCAGUCCUCAUUUGGAAACCUGAGGAAGCAGGAGGUUGACUUGCAGCAGCUCAUGAAAGAUGUCAAGGACAGAACAAUAGAUCUAAACAGUAGUUUGCUGCAACAAGUAAUAGAAAGAAAACGUGAAGUGUUGUGCAUCUUGAGAGAAAAGAUAAUCACAACUCAGAGGUGUACAAUAUCUGAACAUAUCCAGACAGAAGAGAAAGUCAGUGGUGUGGUGGGAUGCACUGCAAAAACAAUAAAGGUUUCAGUAAGUGAGAAUGGAAGUCUGAUGAAGGAUUCUAGCGUGAUCCUUGAAAUUCCUCCUGCAACCACUAUUGCCUAUGGUGUAAUUGAACUGUUUAUAAAGCACAAUGGCCAGUUUGAGUUCUGUCUGCUAGAUGAACAGCAAGGAGGUUUUGAAAAAGAAAGUACAGAAGGCUCAGCUUCUCCCCAUUCAGUUCAAUUCAGAGAUGCUUCAUUCCUCUAUCAGCCAGAUGCUGUUGAUAAUGAGAUGUACUCUGGGGCUAAAAACCUCGUUCCCAGUGAUGCUUCUAUAACUAUAUUGAAACAAGAUCUGUCGCGGUUGAAGACCCAGUUCCAGCCCUUUGUGAAGCUUCCUGAAGACAAGCAAAGAGCUUUGUAUAAAACCCUUUGUGAACUCUUGCUCCAUGAGGAAAUGGUGACUGCCCUGGGGGACAUGUUGGAUGAUAUCUGCACAGGAGACAAGCCAGAUCUGGAGGAGUUAAAACUUGAAGAACAAAGAGACCUCCUUGAUUUCUUGCAGCUCUUAGGGUGCAGUUUAAAGAGUGAGCUGUUGUUGCAGAAAUAUCAGCCUCAGGAUGAAGAACUUUUCUCAGCUGCUCACCUUCUUAUCAGUGCUAUAUCUGAGCUGCCUGAUGACACCCUUGUGCUGCUGCGUGCCUGCUGCGAUCUUCAGCUUGUUCCAGCCUUGUGUUGUUUGCCUAACGUCGCUUCAUCCGAUGGCACUGUGGUGCUGAGCAGUCCUUUGGUGGCCGCUCUGGCUGACAGAGGAAGAUUUGAGGUCGUGCAAAGGCUGUUUGCUUCAUCAAACAUUAAUCUGGAGAUGACAGAGUCUUCUGUAAGAGCUGUAACCAUGAAAGAACCGAGAUUCUUCCCACUUGUUCUUUAUGUUGCACUGUAUGGAUUUCAUGCUUUAGGUGGGAAUGUAUAGGAGCUGUACUGAGUGUACAGUUCUUGCUGUAGCCUGUUGCUUCUUUUGUAGCUCUGUAAUUUUGGUGUGUUUGGGAUCAGCAGUGAAGCUCUUCUGUUGGUACUUAAUGCAGCACAGCCAGGAAUUAGGGUGACCAGGGGACUCUGCAGUUUCAGUGGAAAGUACAUAAAUAAGGGAUGAAGGGGAGAAAUUAAAAAAGAGAGCCAUGGGAGAGAAGCUGAACGUAGCUGCUCUGGUAGGUGUCAGAUCUGCAGGGCAGUGAAAGCCUGAUUGCUUGCAUUAAUAUGCAUGGGAAAAAGCAGCUAAGUACAAACUGCUUUUUGUAAGCAAGCAAACAGGCAGACCCUGGAAACCCAGGGUUCUGCAAUGCAGCAACUGCUUUUCUCCUUGAGCCUGGGUGUGCAGAAUGCCUUCACUCUGGAGCAAGUGCAAUGGAGGGCUCUUGAAAGGUACUCGAUUAGAUUCUCUUAAUUAUUGUUUGACUUUUACGGAUAUGAACUGCACACUGCAGGAAAUAACAAAGCCUCUUUUUCAACCACCAAGACCCACUUCAGGGAUUCAUACCUCUGUACAGCAUUCUGUUUUCUGGUAUGUUUUUACUUGUGUUAGCAAGUUUCAGCUGCAUUCUGAACUUUGGCAUGGCAAUGCCUUCUGGUGUGUGCACAUGAAGGGUCCCUGCUGCACACCACAGAAAUGAUCAUUUUACCAUAUGACAUUUUCAAUGCAGAUAUUUUGCUUGUUUCUUUGACUAACAGAAAAGUAUUAGUAAAGCACUAUGUGCUUGAACUAUUUUGCAUGUUUUUUCAUCAUAAUUUUUUAUAAUCAUGGAUGGUACAGAAAUGCAGCAGAGAUCACUGUAAAUGUGGGUUUGGGAAGAUGUUCCAAGUAGGUGGAGUAUCAGUUGAGAUGGCUGAGAGACAAAUGAGCAGGCACCUGUGUGGGGGUGAUCAGUAACCAGGCCCUGCAGCGUAGCUGGUGGGUAGGAGUUCUGCUCGCUUCCCUGCUCUAUUCCCUCAUGGCCUUGAGCAGAUUGUCUAAGAGGCCUUUAAAAAAUCACAUCAGUUCAGCUUUCCAUGAGGACAUGGAAUUUGCAGGAAAGCACCACGGUGCCUCUCCACUGCCUGGGAGCUCAGGUAGCUCUGCACGCUGGGCCGUGGGCGUUUCUGCAGCUCAUCUGUUCAGGGAAGCUCAUGGUGUUGCCGGAACUUUGUGCUGGUGUAGAAGGAAAGAUCCUUGAGGAGCUGAAGCAUGGAACUCUGCUUCUGGGAGCAGUGUGUAAGUGGGACAGUUGUCUUUUUACCUAUCACUUCUAAGAGUCACCUCUGUAAUGAGUUUACGAAAACUUUCUAUUAAAUGCUAUAGAAAAAACAAUAGAAUAACUUACA